AUGACCGCGCCCCCGCGCCCCUCUGUCGACCUCUUCUCCAUGGAUCACGAGCCAAAGAUCCUCAUCUGGAAUGUGCGCGGCCUUAACGCGCGCGCCCGCCGCACCGCCAUUCGCUCACUUGUUGUAACCGCUAAUGCGUCCAUCGUUUGCCUCCAAGAAACAAAGAUGGCUUUGGUUUGCUCGUCGACUGUCCUCGAAGCACUCGGCUCGGAAUUCGACGACUAUGUUUACCUCCCCGCGGACGGCACCCGUGGCGGCAUCUUGCUUGCAUGGAAAAGCAGGGAGGUGGCCAUCUCGGACCCUGAGUUCACGUCAAACACAUUGACGGCCAAGCUCGACACCGAUAAGAUCGCCUUCUUGCAGGAGCUGCGCGACGUCCGGGCGGCUUGCGAUGGCCCCUGGAUGCUUUGCGGCGAUUUCAACCUCAUUUACUGCGACGAAGACAAGAGCAACGGCAACCUCAAUCGCCGCAUGAUGGGAAGGUUCCGGCGUACAAUCAACGACCUCGCGCUCAAAGAGGUCUACCUCAACGGCCGACGCUUCCCGCGGUCCAACGAGCAGUCACCUCCAACCCUGGUGCACCUAGACCGCGUCCUCUGCACCCCCGACUGGGAGGAACUGCAUGGGGAGUGCCACCUCCGAUGCCUCGCCUCCGUUGUUUCCGAUCACAGCCCCUUGCCGCUUGAUUGCAAACCGGUGCCGCCAGGUCAUCGACGAUUCCAUUGCGAGGAAUUCUGGAUGCGAUUGGAUGGAUUCCACGACAUCGUGGCGAGCGCCUGGCACUCUGUCCACGACGACGAUCCCUUCUGGCGGCUCAUGCGGCGCAUGCAAAUCACCGCGCGCAAGCUCACUAGCUGGAGCACGCGAACUGUUGGCAACGUUCGCCUCAAGCUUGCAAUCUCCAGGGAGCUCUUCCUCAUGCUGGACACGGCGCAGGAGAGCCGACCCCUGUCCCCGCACGAAGACUGGCUCCGGCGGCAGAUCAAGGCCUCCUACCUCGGCCUUGCCUCUCUCGAGCGCACCAUCGCCCGACAGCGCGCCCGCAUCGCGACUCUCAAAGACGGCGACGCCAACACCUCAUUCUUCCAUCGGCAAUGCACGUAUCGUCGGCAGAAGAAUCGGAUACACAACCUCACAGUGAACGGCGCCCCGAUCUCCGCCCCCUGUGACAUGGUGGCCGCGGCCUACGCGCACUUCGAUGCCCUGCUCGGCCGUGAGACGCCCCGCGAUUGCGGCCUCGACCUCUCUGAGCUGAUCACGCCCACAAACCUCGACGAUCUCGACGCCCCCUUUGACGCCGAGGAGAUUUGGAACGCGGUGAAGCGCCUUCCUGCUCAGAAGGCUUCCGGCCUGGACGGCUACACCGCCGAAUUCUUGCGCGCGUGCUGGCCCAUCGUCCGGCAAGACUUCGUCGACGCUUUUCAGCGGCUGUACGAGAUGCGUGGCCGAGGCUUUUGCUCCCUCAAUCAGGCUCUGCUCACCCUGCUCCUGAAGCGCGCGGACGCACGCGGCCUUGGCGACUUUAGGCCCAUAAGCCUUAUUCACCUCGUCGCCAAAAUCUUCGCCAAGGUUCUUUCGCUCCGCCUCGCGCCGAAGCUUUGCAGCCUCAUCAGCACUUGCCAGAACGCAUUCAUCCCCAGGCGCAGCUUGCACGACAACUUCAUCCUCUACGGCUUCGGCUCCCGCUUCCUGGAGUGGCUUGCCAUCUUGCUCUCCUCGGCCGGCACGAAGGUGCUCAUCAAUGGAGACCCCGGCCCCACCAUCUGGCACCGAUGUGGCCUCCGCCAAGGCGAUCCCGUGUCCCUGCAGCUGUUCAUCCUCGCCGUCGACACGCUCGGUCGUCUCCUCCGCCGUGCCACGGAGCUGGGCGUCCUGCAGCGGCUGCACCCCCGGCGCCCGGUCCCCUCAGUCUCCCUCUACACCGACGACGUGAUCCUAUUCUGCCACCCCACCGUCGGCAACAUCACUGCCGUCAAGAGCAUCCUGCUUCUCUUCGGCCGAGCUUCAGGCCUCCUCGUCAACUACGCCAAAAGCUCCGCCACCUUGAUUCGAUGCACCGCGGACGAUGUCGUGCCCGCUGUCAACCUGCUGGGCUGUCCCCUCGCCGAGUUCCUGAUCACAUAUCUGGCCAUCCCCCUAACUCUGCAUCGCCCGACGGCCGCACAGUUGCAGCCCGUCGUCGACAAAACGGCCGGCAUGCUACCCACCUGGAAGGCGCAUCUCAUGAACAAAGCCGGCCGCCUUGCGUUCGUCAAGGCCAUCCUCAGCGCAAUUCCGAUCCACCAGCUACUUGCUCUCGCGCCCCCCAAGAAGACCAUCCGAGCUCUCGAGAAAAUUCAGCGAGGCUUCCUGUGGGCUGGACGCGCAGAGGCAAACGGAGGCCACUGCCAUGUCAACUGGCAACGCGUCGCUAGGCCGCUCCCGCUCGGUGGCCUCGGCGUGCGCGACCUUGGCCGGACCAGCCUCGCGCUCCGCACCCGCUGGUUGUGGUUCAGCUGCACGGACAUCACCAGAGAAUGGGCCGGCCUCGACCUGCAGUUCACCGCCGAGGAGCGUGCAUUCUUCUUCGCAUCCACCACCAUGCAAAUCGGGAACGGCACGGAGGCUCUCUUCUGGGAAGAUAGAUGGAUAGGGGGGCGUUCUGUUUGCGAGAUUGCGCCGCUCCUCUACGCUUGCAUCCCCAAGCGCCGCCGCAAACUCAGGACCGUCGCCGAUGGACUCCAGGACAACCAGUGGGCACGGGACAUACACGGCACGAUCGGCAUUCACGAGAUCGGGCAAUACUUACAGCUCUGGCAGGCCAUCAACGCCACGACCCUCUCCGACGAGCCAGACCGCCUCACGUGGAAGUGGAGCACAAGCGGCGUCUACUCCGCCAAAUCGGCCUACCUCGCCACAUUCAACGGUUCCAUUGGCUGCGACGCGUGGAAGCUCACCUGGAAGAACUGGGCACCCCCACGCGUCCGUUUCUUCCACUGGCUCGUCCGCCUGGACCGGUGCUGGACAGCCGACCGCCUCGCCCUCCGCGGCCUGCAGCACCCCGCACGAUGCCUCCUCUGCGACCCGGCCCCCGAGUCCAUGCACCACCUCAUCCUCGCCUGCACGAGAGUAUUUUUCACUGUGCUGAUAUCGACUCUUAAGCACGACGAUGCUAAAGCUGUUCUCAGCUGCAAGCCAUCAGUGUUCAGGAGACUAUGA